UAUAAAUAAUCCCCACUUACUUCUCUCCUUUACUCCCACCUCCCGUCCUUUUUAUUUCCAGGAAUGUUUGUCCUCCGCGGCCCACCGUCUCCGACCGAGUCAAACAUAAGCCUAUCUUCCAAAAUGGAUCGACCCAGAUUCGUAAUCGACUCUGUCGAAGCCGAACAAAUGGCCAAACAAUCAGGCCAAACGGUGCUCCAACUCCUUCCGUCCUUGGUCAAAUCUGCCCAGGGCUUAGCCCGCCCGCCAAUCUCGAACUACCAAGUUGGGGCUGUCGGACUUGGGUCAUCUGGUCGGAUCUUCUUCGGAGCCAAUCUGGAAUUUCCCGGUCUCCCCCUCAACCAUUCCGUCCACGCCGAGCAGUUCCUCAUCACCAACCUUUCCCUCAAUGCGGAGCCACGUCUUAAAUACGUCGCCGUCUCCGCCGCCCCUUGCGGCCAUUGCCGCCAAUUCCUCCAAGAGCUACGUGGAGCCCCCGAUGUUAAGAUCCUCAUAACCUCCUCCGAAAAGGAAAAAGAAAACAAAAUGAACAAUAAUUGUAAUGAUAAAGACCACGAAUUUACUCCAUUAUCUCAUCUUUUACCUCACAGGUUCGGCCCAGAUGAUUUGCUAGAAAAAGACGUCCCUCUUCUCCUCGAGCCUCACCGAAACGGUUUGUCGAUUUGCUCCGAUUUAUGCAACGGCAAAAUCAACGGUGAGGAUGAUUUAAAAUACGCGGCUCUUGAUGCGGCGAAUAUGUCACACGCGCCAUACAGCGGGUGUCCAUCUGGAGUGGCGUUGGUGGAUGUUGAAGGGAAGAUAUAUACAGGGUCUUACAUGGAAUCGGCGGCUUAUAAUCCGAGUUUGCCGCCGAUUCAGGCGGCGCUCGUGGCUUACCUGGCGAAUGGUGGCGGAGGAGGGUAUGAGAGGAUUGUUGGGGCAGUUUUGGUGGAGAAAGCGGAUGCUGUUAUCAAACAAGAACAUACGGCUAGGCUGCUUUUGCAGUGUAUUUCGCCAAAGUCUGAGUUUAAGGUGUUCCAUUGUAAAAAAACAAGUUAAAAAUGCGAGUACCAUGUACAAUUUAUGCUCAUAUAACCAUUUGUAAUGGUUUAAUAAUGGCAAAUAUAGGGAAUUUGUCGAUCAAUUGAUGAAAAGUUAAUAAAAUGUUUAAUCUUUAUGAUGCUUUGUAAUAUCUUCUGCAACUUGAAUUAUUGUCUCCUGUUCUGUUUUCUCUCUGUUCUGUUGGGGGGUGUUAAAUGGACUUGGAUGAGAUGCUGGAACUGUUGGGUAAAUGAAACAUGAAAAGCGGGUGGGUGUGGCUGCUAAGCUGAGGAAUGACAAUUCUUUCAAAGUUUUUGGUUGGUAAAAGGCAUCC